GCUCGCGCCGGCCAGUGUCCUCUAAAGAAUGUACUCGAUUUGACUCGGGCCUACACUGGCGAGGACAGCUACAGCGUGUGGUCAGUUCUGGCCCAGGGACUGAGUUCUGUUCGCGUCCUCCUCCAAGAGAUGGCCUACAAGGCCGGUGACGAGGUUUUCUUCUCCGAACUUUCACCGGAGGAGGUUGGUCUCAAUAACCUCUGCACCCAAUUGGCCAUGCCUGUUUACGAGAAAUUUGGUUUUGACCCUAGACCAGAAGACAGCAACAACGAUAGCCUCCUACGGCCGAUCAUUCUGGACGUUCUCGGUCGUGCCCGUCAUCCUGACGUCAUCUCGAAGGCGCGCAAGGCCUUUGACGCGCACUACGCCUCUGUAAUGGAGACCCCAGAGGGCCAGCCACAGGCAAAUCUCAUUUCUCCUGACCUGCGUACCACUAUCUACUCCCUGUGUCUACGCAACGGAGGUGCAGAGGUAUUCCAGCGUCUCCUCGCAGUAAGUCUGCAUUCGGCUUUCCUGCCACUGUUUCUGUUCCCGUUGCCCUCUUAG